UGUCUCACCCCAGUUUAAUGUUCAUAUGAGGUGACGUGUUUCUCAGUGCUGACGUACUUUAAUAAAUAUGGUAAGAAUGAAAAAUGUGUCCUGUGAUUUGUCGCUGAAACUCUUUGUUGAUUUCCUCUCUUCUCUCUAAUAAGGUAAAAGAGUCUUUGAUUGGUUUGGUGGUUGUGUAGCAUCUCUACAUCUCUACAGGCAGCUGUGAGGAGCUUUCAGUCUUGAGUUGAAGAGCUGAAGAAGAUGAAGAGCUGUCUAACAUUCAUUCUUCUGUCCUCUAUAGUUACAGUCACCACAGCUGGUAAGUUUAUAAUCAAGAUGUCUAUAUGUUCAGGUUAUAUACAUGAUUUAUGAUUCCAGUUUAUUUUAAUGUUUGCAUUAAUAUAAAUGUUUUGUCUGAUUUAAUGGCUAGUUUUCUUUCUGUUACUUGCUUUCUGUUGUUGUGUCAUUAUUUACAUUUCUUUAUAUCUUGUGUACAGACAGACUGAGGAUGGUGGGUGGCAGUAAUUCUUGUGCUGGUAGGGUGGAGACUUAUUUUAAAGGAGAAUGGGAAGCUAUGUGUCUUGAUUAUUGGGAUAUGACAGCCGCAUCAGUGUUGUGUAUGCAGUUGGGCUGUGACAGUAAUCCAGACACAAUACAUUUUGCUCACUUUGGACCGGGAUCAGGAAAAAUUUUGAAGGUUAACAUUGACUGUAGCGGAUCAGAAUCCACAGUACUGAGAUGCAAUAGAAUGGCAAUUUAUGAUCCUAAUUGUAAUCACAAUGAAGAUGUCGGAGCUAUCUGCAAAGGACUUAAACUGGUUGGAGGUUCUCGCUGUUCUGGAAGAUUAGAGAUACCUCGAGAAAACACCUGGAUGUCAGUGUGUGAUGCUGUGUUUGAUGAUAAGGAUGCAGAGGUUGUGUGUAGAGAGAUGGGAUGUGGACCUCCUGUACAGCUGCUGGGUGCAGAUACUUUUGGUAAAGGAGAGGGGCAGGUGUGGACACAAGAGAUUCAAUGUAGAGGAGAUGAAUAUCAGUUUGAUCUUUGUCCAACAUCACCUUCACAUGUCAACUGCACCCAUGAAAAUGAUGUUGGCAUUGUAUGUGCCGACACACUGAGAUUAGUUGGUGGUGGCAGUCGUUGUUCUGGUAGAGUUGAGGUUCUUCAUGAUGGUGAAUGGGGAACAGUGAGUGAUGAUAGUUGGGAUCUGAGAGAUGCUGCAGUGGUGUGUAGAGAGCUGGACUGUGGAGAGGCUGUAGAUGCACCAAUAAAUGCUCAAUUUGGAGAAGGGAAAGGGCCAAUCUGGAUUAAUAAUGUACAGUGCACUGGACAAGAGUCUGACCUGAGACACUGCAGAAAAAAUAGAUGGUGGAAACAGGAUGGUAAACAUGCUAAUGAUGCUGGAGUCAUCUGCUCGGCAAUCAGGCUGGUUGGAGGUUCUCGCUGUUCUGGGAGAGUUGAGAUACAUCGUGGGAACAUCUGGAUGUCAGUGUGUGAUGCUGUGUUUGAUGAUCAGGAUGCAGAGGUUGUGUGUAGAGAGCUGAACUGUGGGGUUCCUGUACAGCUGCUGGGUGCAGAUACUUUUGGUAAAGGAGAGGGGCAGGUGUGGACACAAGAGAUUCAAUGUAGAGGAAAUGAAUCACUCAUUCGAUCAUGUUCAUCAUCAUCUACUACAACUAAAAAAACCUGCUCUCAUGACAAUGAUGUGGGACUCAUUUGUUCUGGUUUCUCUGACCUCAGACUGGUGAACGGCUCUGAUAUCUGCUCUGGUCGAGUUGAGCGUCAGUAUUUCAGUAAAUGGGGCUCAGUGUGUGAUGAGUGCAUGAAUAUGAGAGCUGCCAAUGUUCUCUGUAGAGAGCUGAAUUGUGGGAUUGCUGUGUCUGUUGUGGGAGUGGACUGGUUUGGAGAGGGAUCUGGUGAAAUCUGGGCUGAUGUGUUUGAUUGUCAGGGGAAUGAAACAAAACUCUCAGAAUGUUCAAUCUCUUCAUGGAGUCGAGCUGAAUCCUCUCAUAAACAAGAUGUUGGAGUCAUUUGUUCUAAUUCCUCUCUGUCUCUUCAUGAUGGUCGAGUGAGGUUGUCUGGAGAGAGAGAGUGUGAGGGUGAGGUGGAAGUUUACAUUCAUCAGGUUUGGAGGAGAGUUCUGCUGGACUCCUGGAGUCUCACUGAAUCCUCUGUGGUCUGCAGACAGCUGGGCUGUGGCUCUGUGCUGAACUUCACUAACUCCUCUUCAUCCAGUGAUGAACACAGUUAUGAGUGUGUGAUGGGCUUCCAGUGCUCUGGGACUGAAGAUCAUUUGAGGAACUGCAGCUCUCCACAAACUCUCAAAUGCAGUCCAAGACAACAGCUGUCAAUCACCUGCAACAGUCAGCGGUCCAUCAGGUUGGUGGGUUCUGGUGGAGAUUGUGCAGGAAGGCUGGAGGUUUUUCACAAAGGCUCAUGGGGUACAGUGUGUGAUGACUUCUGGGAUAUUAAAGAUGCUCAUGUGGUGUGCAGACAGCUGCAGUGUGGAGUGGCUCUCAGUAAUCAGCCAGUACCAGCCUGGUUUGGUCCUGGUUCUGGACCCAUAUGGCUGGAUGAUGUGAACUGUGAGGGGAAUGAGACGUCACUGUGGAGCUGCUCUUCACGGGUCUGGGGAGAUCAUGACUGUAAACAUAAGGAGGAUGUAGGAGUCGUGUGCUCAGAGUAUACAGAGUUCAGGUUAACUGAAGGCUGUAAAGGGAAUGUGGAGGUUUUCUACAAUGGAUCCUGGGGUAAUGUUUGCUGGAAUCAGAUGAACAGAGACACAGCGAGUCUGAUCUGUCAAGAGCUGAACUGUGGAAGAUCUGUCAGUGAAUUCAGUUCUUCAAAUGCACUGAGGUCUCAGAAUUGGUUGGAUUACUUUAAAUGUCGAACACAUGACUUCACUUUAUGGCAGUGUCCAUCUUCACCCUGGGGACAGAAUGACUGUGAUCCAAAUAAGGUUGUUAAAAUCACCUGUUUAGAGGAAAAGACCCCUCAGUCUCCUCAGAGUCGUCUGUCAUGUUCUACCUCACCAUCUCCUUACCAAAGACAAUGUUCAAAUCAUCUUCCUCUCAGACUGAGUGAAGGGAAGGGUUUGUGUUCGGGGAGACUGGAGGUUUAUCAUAACUCUGUGUGGGGUUCAGUCUGUGAUGAUCUGUGGGACAUCAGAGAUGCUCAGGUGGUCUGCAGGCAGCUGGGUUGUGGAGCAGCAUUGAGUGUUGAUGGGAAUGAAGCGUUUGGUGCUGGUGAAGGUGUUGUGUGGAUGAACAGAGUCGAGUGCAGAGGGACUGAGAUUCACCUGUGGGACUGUCCUCAUGUCCUGAAAAAUCACACUGACUGCUCACACAAAGAACAAGUUAGACUCAUCUGUGCAGACUUGUCAGUGUCUACAACUCCUGCAACAACAACAACAUCAGCUUCUCCUUCAGUUUCUCCGACAAACAGGAGAUCAGUGACUCCUCCACAAACUCCUCCUCUCUUCAAUCCUCCAGUGGUUGUGAUUGUACUGGGAGUUUUGCUCUUACUGCUCUUAGUGCCGCUGCUGAUACUGAUUCAACACAACAGAGAGAUGAGGAGAGCUCUCUCUAAGAGGAGACACAGGACUCAGACUGAAGCAGUUUAUGAAGAGAUUGAUCACAGACACACAAACACACACAAACACUUCACUCAGAGAGGUUGA